CUGCUGCAGCAGCAAGACACUGGCUUUUAUCAGGACUCACACAGACACACACACAGACACACACACACACACACACACACACACACACACACACACACACACACACACACUCAUACAUUUGCACAUGCACCACCCGCUCCAGGAAGUGCUCAACAUCAAGCCAGAGGAACAACAGUGACCUGUGAGAGCCAGAAGCACAUGCAGGCAGCUCUCCUCUCUCUGCGCUCUCGGCUCUAAACGGAUGGGACUCUCAUGUUUAAAUAUUCAGAGAAACGCAGACUGAAAAGUGCUACCAGGAAGGAAGCGAAGGUGGAUUUUGAUCUUAGCGCUUAAGAGCUCAGAUCCUGAAAGCUGACAACAAGUGCAAGGGAGGUCAGACAUAGGAAGAGAGAGAAAGAGAGAGAGAGAAAAAGAAAAAGUUUGCUCUGUUAUGGUUUUAUUCUACGUGGGAUCGGAUGGACCCCCGUCUAGAAUGAUGCAGAUAGAAAAUCCAGUCCGCCAGGACAUGCAGUUCUACUAUAUGGGUGACCACACGUGGACCACCAUGCUGGGCCAGAGCGUGAAACUGCAGCCGGUGCCCAUCCAGAGUCUGUCGGAGCUGGAGAGGGCCCGACUACAGGAGGUGGCCCUCUACCACCUGGAGGAGCAGGAGCUCGACUUUAAGAUCACCAUUCCCAGAGAGACCCGCAAGAGGAGGAAGUCACUCAGGAGAAAGUUUGAUUCAUUCUCUAAAGAGAAGAAAGAACGAGAAAUGGUUCCGAAGGCCUUUGGUCUGCCCCUCUGGCAAGUGAUCGCGAAUGAUCGGGCGCAUAAACAGCGGCAGGAUGCGCUGAAGGAGAGCCGGCGUGACUGUUUGGACUUGGAGGCCAGCGUGAUGCGCUUCCGCGCGGAGAAGCGCCAGCACUACGGCAAUCCGUCGCUCAACAGUUUGUUGCCCACACCUGGCGCGGCGUCGUCCUCAGCGCUGGAGAUAAGCAACAAGCCACUCUCGCCCACGUUCCUGGACAACACCUCCAGAGUGCAUCGCAGGGGCGGCCUGUCUGUCGACUCCAUCUCAGACUUGGUGGACAGCCAAUCCAGGCUCCUGGAGGCCCUGCAGCUCUCCCACCCGAACGAACUGGACAUCAAGAAGGCCGCCGCUGGUCGAACCCAGACCAAACUCAGCCUCAAUCCAAUUUAUUGUCAGGUGCCACGCGUGGUAGAACGCUGCUGCAAACACAUAGAGACCCACGGCCUCCAGACAGUGGGGAUCUUUCGAGUUGGCAGCUCAAAAAAGAGAGUUCGGCAAUUGCGCGACGACUUUGACAGCGGUGUGGACGUCGCGCUGGACGAGGAGCACAGUGUGCACGACGUGGCCGCUUUGCUGAAGGAGUUCCUGAGAGACAUGCCAGAUCCACUGUUGCCGCGGGAACUCUACAGCGCCUUCCUGCACGGCAACAUGCUCAGAGGGCCGGACCAGCUGAGUUAUUUACAGCAGUUGCUGUACCUGCUGCCGCCGUGCAACUGUGACACCCUCCUGCGUCUGCUCACCCUGCUGCACACGGUGCAAGAGCACGCACAGGACACCACAGGACCUGACCAGCAAGAGGUCUUGGGCAACAAGAUGACGGCAACCAAUCUAGCUGUGAUCUUCGGGCCGAACCUACUACAAAACGACAGAGAGCUAAGCUCCCAGGGCCUGGGCAUUGAGGACAGUGCAGCUAUAAUCUCAGUCACCCUCUACCUCAUCCAGAACUACCAGCGUCUCUUCACGGUGACAGCUGAGCUCCAGCAGGAGGUGCUGAUGAGCCUCAUUCAGACGGACCCCGACAUCAUUGACUACCUUCUGCGCAGGAAACUCAGCGGCAGCUCUCUGACCGUGGAGAGCGAAGGUGGAGGUGGGCAGCAGGACAUCCAGACGCUGGACUUGGUGGAGCAGAUGAGCGGGGACUUUUCCCCUCUGGAGCCCCCGUCGCCCCUCUUUCCGGACACCUCGGGGGGCGGAGGAGCCAGCCUGACCAGCGAGGUCUUCCUCAACGUGCUGCGGCUCAACACCAGUAGGAAACGUUCCUCUGGAUGUCCUGGGAAGUCCAUCGGUCACAUGCGGCAGUUUCACUCGCACCACAAUCUGCUGAGUCUGGCGCAGCCCUCCCAGAGAGACGACCUGGGCUCCCCGGAGCACCGGCCAGGGGACGGGCCGGCCGGCGGCUCGGGCGAGGGCCUCCACUUCAGCCUGGGACUGGAGUGCAGCGGCUCCUUCCUCCAGAGCUCCACGGAGAGCAGCGUAUGGGUGCGGCAGGCGGGCCAGACGCCGUCCAGCAGCACGACGUCGUUAGAGGAGAGCAAGCCGCCCACCAACUUCUGGGACUUUUUCACGGGCAAGGUGUCCGGCUCGGAGACUUUAGUAUGACAUAAUGGAGACUGGUGCCAUAGUGACCACCCUGUGCUAUAGUGACCACCCUGUGCCAUAUUGACCACCCUGUGUCUGAACUUGUGUUUGACCCUACCCUCCAUCCAUUCCUUGACCGCAUACAUUUGUGUUUUAUAUUUGUUAGCAGUGUGUAUGUAGGCAUGAUCAUAGUGCAGUGUAAUCAUGCCAACUUUGAUCCCUUUCGCUUUUUUUGAUGUUCUACCUUAUUGGGUCUCAUUUAUGAAACUUUAAAAAUACGCUACACAAUUGUGAUUGACAGAUCCUUCUAGAAAACAACUCUCCACAGAACUUGCCACACCAGCAUUCUCAGAAUGAACGUGUCAACGAAUGUCAAUUAUUUCGAGAGGGUUAUAUCUUAACCUGAUCGUUCUCACUAGCACUGAUGAUACCAUCAGCUACUCACCGCUUCCUGUGCUCUGACGACAGUGAGCACAGAGAACCAGGAAGCUAGUCGUUGGCGGACAUUUAACGUUUUAUCGAAUCAAUCUGUUCCUCCGCUUGUAUUUCAUGAAUGGGACCCAUGUCUAGACCCUGUGCGCAGAUCGUUGAGUGACUGUAGGAAGUGGUUUCUGGAUGAAUGUUGCUGCCGCCUAUAGUUUGUGCCAACAAAAACAGUUAUAGUGUAAGGAAGCACCUUUUUUCUGCUCCCACUUUACUGAACAAAGAAUGUUUUGAAAAGAUAUUUUGAAAUUUGGGUCAGAUUUCAGAUAAAAUGUUUCUAUUGUGCCUAUUGUUUAGUUCGAGCAAACCCUAAAUAUUAGGAUAUUUGGAUAAAUGGAAAGGUGCUAAACCUGUCCUCUUAUCCUGAUAAGCUCAAAAAUCGUCACAUUUGGAAGUGCGAUGAGAGAAUUUUAGCCACAGAUCCUGUUGUGUAUAUUUGAAUCAUGUAUUUUUAGCACACACAUAUUACUGCAUAUGUUUAUAACUGUUCAGUUAAGAGGACCUUUACACUUGCAUACAUUGAAGACCUGCUCGCUCUCUACUGCAUUUAUAAUAUCUUCCAGAUUGAUUUUAUGCUAUAGGUUGAAUAUAAGGCCAACAGGGUCCCUGUGGGAUAGCUGCAGAGUCACUACGUUCUUAGAUGAGAACCUAGAAUCUAAGAUGUGGCCAUCUGUGUUCUAAGAUGUAGUCAUCUGUGUAUUGUGUGAAACUGAUGCCAUCAUAGUCCAAAUUAUUUUCCAUUCAGCUAAUGAGCAGUAAGUAUUAUCUACUUAACAUAAUUUAUACUGUUGCGUGACCAGCGCAGCAACAGGAAAAACAUACAUGCACACGACAAUUCUAUUCAGUUUUCUCAAAAUAAGAAUGUGCAUUUGUAGGAUUGAAAAUUGUAUUUGUUGUGCAAAGUAUUGGUUUCAUGUUAAGUGUAAACAUUUCACAAAGCUUUGCUUUCUUAUUUAUGAUUUAUCCACACACAUACGAUAUUGGCAUCAUUUUCACUCUACAAACAUGGCUCACACAUAAUUGUUCUGAAGUGAAAUGCAAGAGAGCCGCCAUGUCCAUGUAUUAAACGUGACAUUCACAAGUUUUCAAAUUAAUGUCUCCUGUUGGGCUUCCAGGGGAAUGAGGGGAUCAUCACCUGAUAGACGUUUUUUUUCUUUUUUUUAAAGUGGGACCAGACACCCAAAAAAACAAAACAUUAUAUUAUUUUCAAAACAAUACCACAAUGAUAUUCUGUAGGUAGCUUUCAGUUAAUAUUGGAGCAGGCUUCAAAGAUGCACAAUAUAUUGUACAUCCAGCUAAGAAACUAGGGGGUAUUGUACGUGGUUUAGUGACAGACCUGAGUAGGUUUCUACUGCACAAGUGGCUUGAUCAAUGGACAUCGUUCAAAUGACUCUGUACGCUUGGAUAGUCUUUCAACCAAUCAGAACAAUCCAGUGCGUCUUUUGGAUAAGCUAGUUUGUGAUUGGACCCAAAGGUUGUGGACAGGAAGCAGAGGAGAUAGAUGUGCAGGUUUCCAGCCUGAGAAAAAUCAAAAUUUGCAUGCAGGUCUAGCAGGGUUCACCCAGCCUAAGGUUUGCCCCUUACUCUUGCCAAUUUACCCAGGUUUGUCACUAAACCACGUACUGUACUUGGAAUACCCCCCUGGUCUGCGGAAAGGGAAAUAAAAUCCAUUAGCUAUUGGUCUACACUACACAGCCCUUCACUCCUCUUGCAAACCAGACUUACUUGCUGCUGUAACUUGCUAAAUAGCUUGACACGUUAAUUUGCUUCCAGGCACAUUGGUUGCCCGCCGCCAUCAGGGCUGUCAACAAGAUUAAGCGCAUGCACUACAAAGUCCGUCAUACUCCAUGGACAGGCUGAGGCCGGGACCAUGUGAUCCCGUGUGUCCAUGUCCACUUAUAGACAUGCAAAGAAUUGCACAGAAAAAAAAAUGUCCAUCACUCGGAAAAGCCCACCUUUGCCACACCUCUUCGCCAACCAGUCUCAAUGUGAGAAAAGCUGAUAACAUCACAUGCAUUUUUAAGAAUGGAAGGACACAGACGGGAGACCCCUAAAUAUCUGAGAUUCGGGGGCAAGUUGCAAGUUCUCUGCCUGUUGUCUCAAACAUCACAACAUGGUGCACAGCCUGGUGGGUGCUGCUGGAACUCUGAAGUACAUUUAAGGUACACCAGGGGGAGGUGUUUAUCUGCAAGAGACUGUCCAACUUAAAUUGUACUUUUUUUUUUCUCGAAUUUUUAAGUUUCGAUGCUCGAUGUCUGGAUCUGUGUUUAUGUUAAAACUUAAUUAGUUAGACUUUUUACAACCUUUUGUAUAUAUGGAACUAUGAACACAGAUAUAAAUAUAAGCUUAACCUACAAUGAAAUGUUUAUUGUUUUUGUAAAUACUUUUUUUUUAUGCGGGAAAAAAACAUAACUUGCGGAACACACAGUAACCUACAAGUGAAUAUUUGUAUGCUAAAUGUGUUGCCAUUCACAGGAAAAGUAAAAAUGUAUGUUAUGUUGACAUCUUGCACAUGUUCGGAAAGACAAGCAUAUCCCAGGAAUUAAGAGAUCAAAUAAGCUGCACUUGUUUGUAGUUUUGAGUGCAUGUGACUGUACCCUAUAGAGAAGUAAGGAACCACCCCAAAUCCAUUCCAAACUUGCUUGUGGUACUGAUUUAUUAGGAGGCAGGAGAGCAUAUCCUGUCCUCAACCACAUCAUUUUCCCAACCAACCAACCAAAAAAAAAAAUAAGUAAAAUGCAAAACAUGGAACAAAAAAUGGAGGGAAAUGUACGUAGCAAGUAGCCAAAAUUAACCAUUUCCAAGUAGUACAGCUUUCUCAAAAGUGCACUUUUAAAUAAGUCAGGUACUGGAAUUGGUUAUGUUACAAUGUCUAUAAUAGGAAGGAAUAGACACGUGGAACGGUCUCUCUCCAAACUUCUGACAGUGCAUGACUGUUUGUCUGACUUACUCGUUUAUCAUGUAUUAACCUUUUUAUUUUGUAACUGCUCAAGCAAUAAACCACAUCAAAUCAA